AUGUCCGAAAACAAAUCAACCACAUAUCGAUCUUUCAAGGACAAAGAAAAACCCGUAGAAGUUCGUUUUAACAAUAUCAUCGCUGCUAAAGCGGUUAGCGAUGCUAUACGGACUUCCCUUGGUCCUAAGGGCAUGGAUAAAAUGAUUCAAACCGGUAAUGGAGAAGUUGUGAUUACUAACGAUGGCGCCACUAUUUUGAAACAUAUGUCAGUUAUGCACCCUGCUGCCAAAAUGCUUGUGGACUUAUCCGCCGCACAAGAUGUAGAAGCUGGGGAUGGAACCACGUCUGUUGUUGUGAUUGCUGGUGCACUUUUAGGAGCAGCAGAAAAAAUGCUUAACAAAGGAAUACAUCCUACUACAAUAGCUGAGGCAUUCCAACGUGCGGCUACAAAAUCGUCCGAAUUUCUCACGGAGAUGUCCACGGAGAUCAACUUAUCGGACCGAGAUUCAUUGCUUAGGGCUGCAAGCACUUCUUUGAAUUCUAAGAUCGUUUCACAAUAUUCUAGCCUUUUGGCACCCAUUGCUGUGGACGCUGUAUUACGCGUUAUUGAUCCAGAAACCGCGACUAAUGUAGAUCUUAAGGACAUUCGUAUAGUUAAAAAGGUUGGAGGAACCAUUGAUGAUACCGAGCUAGUUGAUGGAUUGGUUUUGACACAAAAUGUUGUCAAAAGUUCUGAUGGUCCCACUCGCAUUGAAAGGGCGAAAAUCGGGCUAAUUCAAUUUCAGUUGUCACCACCGAAACCUGAUAUGGAAAAUCAAAUAGUCGUAAAUGACUACAGGCUCAUGGAUAAGAUUUUAAAGGAAGAACGACAGUAUCUUUUAAAUAUGUGCAAGAAGAUAAAGAAAGCAGGAUGUAAUGUUCUUCUGAUUCAAAAAUCGAUUUUGAGAGAUGCGGUCAACGACCUUUCACUCCAUUUCCUAUCCAAGCUUAAAAUAUUGGUGGUCAAAGACAUCGAAAGAGAUGAAAUAGAGUUUAUCUGCAAGAGCACGGGUUGUAAGCCAAUUGCCGACAUAGAGUCUUUCACCGAAGAUAAGCUUGGUCAUGCUGAUUUGAUCGACGAGGUACAAACAUCUGGAGCACGUGUUGUCAAGAUUACAGGUGUCAAACAUAAUGGAAAAACCGUAUCCAUCUUAUGUCGUGGUGCAAAUUCUCUCGUAUUGGAAGAAGCCGAACGUUCAUUGCACGAUGCACUUUGUGUAGUUCGUUGUCUUGUCAAAAAGAAGGCUCUUAUUGCCGGUGGUGGCGCACCAGAAAUUGAAGUGUCACAACGUUUGUCCGAUUAUGCGAAAACCCUCAAAGGAAUGGAGGCCCACUGUUUUGAGUCUUUUGCAAGUGCGCUCGAAAUCAUCCCGGUAACUCUGGCGGAAAAUGCGGGAUUAAACCCUAUUAAUAUUGUCACCGAACUCAGAAACAGACAUGCACUAGGCGAGAAAACGGCGGGAAUUAACGUGCGAAAGGGUACUAUCACAAAUAUCCUUGAAGAGAAUGUCAUACAACCUCUCCUUGUAUCAACUAGUGCUAUAGAGUUGGCAGCUGAAACUGUGAUGAUGCUUCUGAAGAUAGACGAUUUGACAAGCAAGCAUUAUUAG